UUCGUCCCCUCCUUCAUUCAGUACCUGUUCUGUGGGAUUAACAUGACUUAAAAUUCAAUCAGCCCACAGCCUGACGGAAGAGUGUCAGCGCAGGCAGACUGAGCGCUGCUGCAGGUGUCGAGACCGACUGAGGGGAGAGAGCAGAGGAGUGGAGGAGGGGGGCUGGGAUAGACAGAGAGAUAGAGAGAGGAAAAAAGAGAGGGGGGAGAUGGGUGUUUUUCUGCGGAGCCGAGAUAGAGCAAGAGCCGCGGAGACAGAGAUGUGACUGCUCCAGGAGUCGCGGUGGAAUGAUCCGGAAAACAAGAUUUCUAACAAUAUACUCGUCUCCACCAUCCUGCUUGCCUGCAUUUCCACCCAAGGUCAUAAGAAAGGAAUAAUUCAGCUUCGGAGAGCAAAUGUGAAUCGCAACGAGAAGCACGGAAAUCAGUAUUGGAAGUAAAGGGGAUGAGAGAUAGAAGACAAAGAAUGAACACGAGCGAAAAGCUGGAGAGAAGGAGCAAAGUUGAGCACUGCCACGAGGAAACAAUAUGAUUUUUAGCCAAGUGGAUUCUUGGAUCUCUCUUUGAAUUUUGGAAUACAGUGACCGGAAUCAAACAAGUACAUUAGGAUUUUCCAGGUUUUUCUCUGUCUAUAAGAGCCUAAGCGGAUAUUGUGGGAUUGAGAUUUCUUCAACUCGCUGGUUGCCUGAUGUUGACCUACAUCGGCCGUUUUUCUUUUUGACAUGUGGAGGAGAGAGUGGGAAAGGUUUCAUCAGUAAAAACAACCCACCCAGCCCUGGGCUGGCCUCGUAUCAGCACAAACACCCGAGGCGAGAUCUGUGCUCUAUACUGACACGCAUCCCAUCAACACACACAAACACACAAACCUAAACCUGGAUAACAUGUGGAGCUGAUUCGGAUUAUAGAGGCGCACAGACGGAAAAGGUCUGUGGAAAGCCAGGCGAUCUACCAUGCUUGUGCCCCCACCCCUCAAUCCCUGCAGAGAAACACACCUGCCCCAAACACACCACCCUAAACAAAAAGCAGAGGGCUCAACCUCUUCCUCCCUAUACCCUUUAUCCAUCCUCUCCCUCUCAUUUCUCCCCCCUCUAUUCAUCUCAUCAUUGUCCUCCUCAUCCCAACUCCACCACUGUGCAUGCGCCAGGACUUCUACCAAGAGAACGAUUCCAGAAGCUUUUACUUUCCCGGUGUCUCACUGGCUGACGCUAGUCACAUGCUGCCUGCUGCCCUCUCUGAUUGGAGCGGGAGAGACGUGGGGUGUUGUGUCUGCCUGCCCGUUCCACUGCGUGUGUCGUAACCUGUCAGAGUCGCUGAGCACGCUCUGUGCCGAUAAGGGCCUGCUUUUUGUACCACCGCAUGUCGACCGGCGAACGGUGGAGCUGCGACUCGCUGACAAUUUCAUAACAGAGGUGGGCGGCAAUGAUUUUGUCAACAUGACUGGACUGGUAGAUCUCACUCUGUCGAGGAACACAAUCCAUCAAAUUCGACCGAUGGCCUUUGCUGACCUGGAGAGUUUGCGCUCUUUGCACCUGGAUGGUAAUAGAUUAACAACACUUGGACCCAAGGACCUUGCAGGAUUGACCAACCUGCAACAUCUGAUAGUAAACAACAACCAGCUUGUGAAAGUUUCUGUCGAGGCUUUUGAUGACUUCCUACUAACUCUGGAAGACCUUGACAUGUCCUACAAUAAUCUUAGGAGGGUACCAUGGGAGUCUAUUCAGAACAUGGCCAGUCUCCACACUCUGAACCUGGACCAUAACCUAAUAGACAAUAUAGCUGAAGGAGUCUUUGGAGAGCUUUAUAAGCUGGCGCGGCUGGAUAUGACCUCUAACCGGCUCAGAACUCUGCCACCUGAUCCAUUUUUUGCAAGAUCACAGACGGGAGCCAUUAGUCCAACACCCUACAAUGCUGUCAUAAGCCUAAACUUUGGGGGGAAUCCACUCCACUGUAACUGUGAGCUGCUGUGGUUAAGGAGGCUCAUCAGGGGGGACGACAUGGAGACGUGUGCCACACCUACUCACCUGGCUGGAAGGUAUUUCUGGUCAAUCCCUGAGGAGGAGUUCACUUGCGAGCCACCUCUAAUUACUCGUCACACCCACAAGCUGUGGGUGCUGGAGGGACAGCGCGCCACACUAAAAUGCCGUGCCAUAGGAGACCCUGAGCCAAUAAUCCACUGGGUUUCUCCAGAUGAUCGUAUAGUUUCCAACUCAUCUCGGACAAGUUCCUUCAGCAACGGGACGCUGGAUAUCUUGGUCACCGUUGCCCGGGACGAUGGGGCGUACACGUGUAUUGCGAUAAAUGCAGCAGGUGAAGCAACCGCUGCAGUGGAUUUGAAAAUAAUCCCCCUGCCUCAUCGAGGCGGGGUCGGAGGAAACACUGGGGUAAAUGCUGUUAAUGGCAAAAACAACAGGAAUGUCACGAGUGGGAUUUUACGGACAGAUCCAGGUUCAUCGGAUAUCAGCACGGGCAAAAACGGAGGGAUAAACAAUGGAGCGGGACGAGGGGCAGAAGCAGAGGAUGGAAAUGUAGGGGAUGGGGAGGCCAACGAAGGAGAGAGUGGAAAGUCUUCUGAGGGGGAGAGGGCAGACGGAGGAAGCAUGGAGGACGACGAGGGGACUGAGGAGGAGGGCAGGAUGGUUGGAGUACAGGGAGUGACCUCCACUUCAGCUCAGGUGCAAUGGGAUUUGGGACGUUUGUCCGAAGCAUAUGUCGUGUGGAUGUAUCAGAUACAAUACAACUGCACUGCCGACGAGACCCUCAUCUACAGAAUCAUCCCAUCAACUAGCGACCGCUUCCUGCUGAAGAACCUGGUUUCUGGGGUGGAUUACAACCUGUGUGUGCUGGCCAUUUUUGACGACACAAUCACCUCGUUGGCUGCAACGAAAGUACUUGGAUGCACCUCGUUUUCUACCAAGGAUGUGUACCCGGCGUGCCGCUCACUCCAAGCCCACUUCCUGGGUGGGACGCUCACCAUCCUGGUUGGAGGCGUCGUUGUGGUGACCCUACUCGUGUUUACAGUGGCGCUCAUGGUCCGGCAUCGGGUUUGCAACCAUGAUGACCACGCAUUCUGUCACAACGGCAACACUGAGGCUGGAGUUGUGGCCUGCUGCCAGGGCGGGGGGGUUGGAUGUGGAGAUAAAGGGGGAAAUGGGGGUGGAUGUUUUCAAUCCAAUGGCUCUGGAGACGUGAUGAUGGUGGUCCUACCCAAUGGUCUGCCGUCUAAGAGAGAUGGCGAGGCAGAGAAAGAAAAGGAAAAGGAGAAAGAAGGAGCUGAUUCUGCCUCCCCCUUGCCUCCAAAACUGCCCCCGAAGCCCCGGCCAAAGCCGAGAGUCAAUCUGGAGCAGUUUCUGUCGGCUGGAGGGGUGGUUUCCACCACUACAGGGGCAGGAAGUGAGAUGGCGCUGGUGGUGAGACAGAGGAAGGUGCUGCAGCAAAAUUUAGAGAGUGACAGAACUCCCCUCUACUACUCCCCCUCUCCUUCAUCCACACUGCCCCGGCAGUCUCGUUCCAGGGACCGCCCCAAUCCCCGUCUGGAGAGAGAACUGACAAAUCGGGCCAGCUUCUCUCUGGCUGCCCCCCUGAGAGACUCUGAGUUGUUGGACUGGAGAAUCACACCCAGAGGCAGGGACAAAUGGAACUCCUCACAGGCUUAUCAGAGCCCCCUGUCCCCUCUUAGCCCCGCCGGCGGGACUGUUGGCAAGCGCCGACACUCUCUUGACAUGGGCUCCUCUGUUGCCUUAGCAACCGAUGCAGCGGCAACUGUUGCCAGACGCUAUGGCGCUGUGAGCUGUGCCAAGAGGCUGAGCGUGAUCUGGACCAGACGCAGUCAGUCCCUGCACGGGAUGCUGGUGCAGUGCGCCUCCACGACGAGCACCACCUCAUCUACAACCAGCGACGAGGGCGAGAGUGGAGGGGGCUUUGGGGGUCCCGAUUUUAAACGGGGAUACAUCCACGCUUAUAACACCACUAACUCAAACUCAAACAGUGGAACAAAUGGAGGGAAAUCAAAAGAGAGGAGCAAGGAGAAGGGGAAGGGUGGUGACGACCUGGAAGAAAGUGUGGUAUAGUCCGGUUACAGCAGAACAGGAAUGAGGCAAAGAUGGAUAAAGAUUUCCAAAUAGGAUGGUGAUUCAGGAGGGUGAUUAGAGGUGAAAUUAUGGGAGCAGAAAAUAAGGUAUAAGAGCAGGCAGGUGGGAUCAAAAUGAGGGAGAGGAGUCCAACUGAGUCACAGCCAAUUUAAUUGCCCAGCAAGAAGUCCAGGAAAUUACAUAGAAGAUGGGAAGGACAAGUUUUAAUUAAAUACUUUUAAAAAAAUUGAAGGGAGUUCAUCAAAACUCUACAAAAAAGGGGACAAAAGUGUAUUUGUAGUAAAAAAAAAAAAAGAAAUCAAAUCAUAAAUAGGAUCAGAUAAAGGUUUGAUUGAGCCAGAUAGUGUGAAAAGCGACAGCUUCACCAACCACCAAGUUCUCCAGAGUCCAUACACCCACCCACCAACUCCACAAGCCACAUGUGGAUUAAACUGGAUUCAAAACAAUACGACUGCUGGGGAUACCAUAGAAAACCUUUUUGACCCCAAAACAUCUGGAGCGUAUCCUGCCGUUUUGGCUUUCACUUCUUACACUGACCAGCUUUCUGAGAUGCCUUUUCCACCACAAAAAGAAAGAAAGAAAAAGAGAAAGCAAUGAAUUUGAAUGAUGCGUCCUCCACUCAUGUACGGGUCAGAAUUCUUGGCUGGCUGCCCCUGUGGAUUAUGGGAGUAUAAAUACAGAGCUCCGUGCAAUGGACAUGAUCAAUAGAUAUGAGGGUGGGAAAAAAAGGCGGAGGGAGCAGUUAAAAGAAAAAUAUUGGGAUCACAAUCAAGUCAAUAUGGAUUACAAAAUGGAAGAGAUGAGGGCAUGAUGGAACAUGUGAGUGCCCAUUUCUGAAAGACAAGAACAUGCUGUAUGUCGGAUAAUGGAAACAGAGGAAUGAUGGUAAUGGGUGCAUAAGUGUGGGUGCAGUGAUGAAACAGACUGGAUGUGUAUUUGUAGACAGGGUCAAUCCAGGAACACACCAUCAGUUUGUAAAAAGAGAAAAAAAUCGUUUAGUGCUUUCUGGGCAUGCUGUGGAAAGCAGGCAUUUGCACAAUUAUAAGAGGGUCUAUCCAAACUGAAGUGCAACAUUCAAAGUUCAAAUGGCUACUUUCAGCACUGUAGCAUCGUCAGAGCACAAACCCAUGGGGGAAAAAAAAAAUCAUUUUAAAACUCAUUUUGUGUGACUUAAAGACUUAUUUGUGCCACACGGGGUCAAAGGUUGAAACUAAACUGAUGAAUGUCAGAGGCAGAAAAAUAUUUACAGAAUCACCAACGUUCACUCCAAGACUCACUCUACAGACUCAAAUGCUUUCAAAAACAAAAAAAAAUUAAAAAUACAUAUAUAUAUAUAUGGUAUAUAUAUAUAUAUAAAAAUGUUCAUUGUUGCACCAUGUGUUUCUGUUAUUCUGAGGAAUGAUGUUAGGAGCAGAAUUACAAGUGUCAUUUUUUUUUGGUUCCUUUAUAAAAUGACAAAUGAUUAAGCUCAAAAAGGACGAGAAGCACACUAAAAAACACAGGUAAAAGCGUACAUCCCAGUACUUUGACUCAAACAAAUGCCUAUAAAACAGAGCCAAUUAGAUUUAUAAUGUUUGCUUUCAAUCUUUUUUUGUCAUUUCAUUUUGCCAAAGUCAAUAUUGUUCUCUGAACUUGAUAUAAAUAAAAAUUACAUGUAUGGAAAAAAGAAAAGCUGACUCAUUAACACAAAGUAAGUUCUGUGGUGUGUUUGUGUGACGGUAGAUAUCUACUUUUAUAUAAAAUGUUGACUGUAAUAUAAAACUGUAUAUAAUGGUA